UCCCGACCUCCAGACAGCUGGGGGCCGUUUUGCCGCGCACUCGCGCCGUCGUCUCGCAUUGUUUUCGUUUCUCUCUCACUCUCUCUCUGUUUAUCCGUCUCGUAUCACUCGGUCACUCGCACACGGGCACUUCCGGUCGCGCGGAACCAUGCGAUACACCGUCGUUGCUGUUGCUGCUGCUGCUGCUGCUGUUGCUGCCGGUCUUCCGCGGUACCGCUACGACGACGCGCCGCCGACGCUGCCGUUGUCGUUCAAGUACACGUCAUCCGGCCACUUGUUGACGAUGGCCUCGAUCCGACGCGUCGAUAUGUCGUCGUAGAUCGACCUGUGAUCUCGAAACCAGAUUCACUAUCUCAACCGAACCCGCCUCGACCCCCUUACCCAAAAUCGCUGCUGUCCCGUGUAACUCGCUCGUCCUGCCCGGCCGGACCGAAACCGAUCGCUGACCGCCGGACGUACGAUAAUUAUUUCGAGCCCCUGCUUGUCCGUGCAUUUAACAUACGACGACACCGAAAUAUUAUUAAAAAUACGUCCGAACGGUAUCUCCGCGACCAUGCAGGAGUUGCCCAGGGACACGGGUGGCGACAACCGGAGCAACGUGUUGUGGGAGUACGGGCUGGAUGGCUGGCCAUGGCAGGAGUACCAGAUGAAAUAUUCAGCCGAGGUGACCGUGCUGUUUUGCAUCGCGUACUCGGCCGUGUUCCUGGUGGGUUUCGUGGGCAACACGUCCGUGGUGCUGGUGGUGUACAAGAACGUGAGGAUGCAGUCGUCACCCACCAACAUAUUCAUCGUCAACCUGGCCGUAGCCGACUUGCUGGUCAUCGUUGUGUGCGUGCCAUUCACCCUGAUCGGCAGCAUCACGCAAGAAUGGCAUCUGGGACUGGUUAUAUGCAAGCUCGUACCGUAUUUUCAAGGGGUGUCGGUGAACGCUUCGAUAAACACGUUGAUGGCGAUUUCCGUGGAAAGAUGCUUGUCCAUUUGUUAUCCGAUGAGCCCGGUGGGUAAAGGCGUCUGCAAACGAGUGGUCGUCAUCAUAUGGAUCGUAUCGCUCACCAUCACCAUGCCAUGGGCCAUAUACUUCGACUUGCAGCCAAUGGAGGAAGGCAGCGACAAUCAGAUAUGCCUGGAGUCGUGGCCGAGUGCGGAGAUCGGCAACCUGUACUUCGUGCUGGCCAACCUAGUGCUGUGCUACGUGCUGCCGCUGCUGGUGAUCGCGGUGUGCUACAUGUUCAUCUGGAAGAAGGUGAGCCGCAGGAAGGUGCCGGGCGAGCCGAUGCACAACGGCGCCAGCCUGGUGCAGCGGUCCAAGAUGAAGGUGAUCACGAUGAUCAUGUACGUGGUGGUGCUGUUCGCGGUCUCGUGGCUGCCGCUGUACGCCGCGUUCUCGCUGAUCAAGUUCUGGCCGCUGCCGCCCGCCGUCGAGCAGUACACGAUCGCCUCGCUGCCGGUCGCCCAGUGGCUGGGCGCGGCCAACUCGUCCAUCAACCCGCUGCUGUACGCCAUAUUCAACCACCGGUUCCGGGACGGUUACAAGGCGCUGCUGUCCGGCAACGUGUGCCGGGCGUUCGACUACAGCAGCUCGGUCAAGUACUUCAGCAGCCGGGCCGGCACCGCGUUCAAGCGCAACAACAACCGCAAGAAGCCGGACAUGCGCAAGACCAUCGGCGCCAUCUACGCGCACGUGGACGCCAACGGCGGCAGGCAGGCGCCCGCGGCUUCCGGCGGUGGCGGCCCGGCCGUAGGGCCGAGCCCGAAACCCAGGUCGGUGUCCAUGAAGGACGCCGCGGCCGCGCACCGCGCCCACGAGGACUACGCCGACUCCGUGGUGCACUUUUGCUCCGGUCCGUACGCCAACUCGUUCGUGUGAUGCCUCGUCAGUCGUCGUCAAUCGUCCACCGUCGUUAGAAGCGCGCGUGCGGUCGGAAUCCGAGUAGCCCAGCUUGUCUGUACGGUUUAACAGCAACGAUAAUAGUAAUAGUAAUGAUAAUGUUUUGUUGUUGUUUCGACGGUCGACGAUGAUAUAUCGUUACGAUUGUUGCGCAACGCCGUACGUAACACCGUUUAGGGUGUACGUGGAGUUCGGCCGUUCGAACCGAACGGCGCACGCAUUGCCCACGUCUUCCGACGGUGGUCGCGGGUCUUCGGAGUCCCCCACAAGUUUCCGACCAUUUAUUUCUAUCGGUCCCGUCGAUUUGUCUGAACGCCGCAAAACGUAGACGAGCUGUGGCACCAAGAGCAUAACCUAGAGGGGUGGGAUUAUACUGUCCCCCCAGGGGCGGAACUAGGGGAUAUAAGAUAGGGAUUCGUGCUCAGGCGUAAAAUUGUAGAGGUGUAGUUUUUGUAAUUAUCAACAACUCAUUCAAUAUUUAUAACUUCGUUAAAUACCGAUAUUAGGUUAAAACUCAAUUAG